UGCUCCAUCCUGCGGCGCCGGACGCCUGGCACUGGGGUCGGAGGACACAGACACUGAACAGGCUUCCAGACAGAAUCAGCCACCGCCAGUCAAGAGACCCUCACAAGCAUUUUGCCAUGGAGCUAGAAGAUGAAGAAAACAUGAGUCCGAGCGGCACAGAUGCUAAGGAAAACCGCGGUGUGGACAGCGUGCCCCCCGGGGACGGCCGUGCUCCGGGGCCGCCCGAGGGCUGCCUGCUCUCCAACGGGGGUGGCGGUGGCGGUGGCGGUGGCGGUGGCGCCGGCCGGAAACGGCCCCUGGACGAGGGCAGCAACGGCCACGCCAAGUUCUGCCUGAAGAAGAGGCGGCGGGCGCCGGGGCCCGCCCUGCCCAAGAACGCGCUGAUGCAGCUGAACGAGAUCAAGCCCGGCCUGCAGUACACGCUGCUGUCGCAGACGGGGCCCGUGCACGCGCCCCUCUUCCUCAUGUCCGUGGAGGUGAACGGGCAGGUGUUCGAGGGCUCCGGCCCCACCAAGAAGAAGGCCAAGCUGCAGGCUGCCGAGAAGGCCCUGCGCUCCUUCGUGCAGUUCCCCAACGCCUCCGAGGCCCACCUGGCCAUGGGCCGGGGCCUGUCCGCCAACGCCGACUUCACGUCUGACCAGGCCGACUUCCCCGACACGCUCUUCAAUGGCUUUGAGACCCCGGACAGGUCAGAGGUGCCCUUCUACAUGGGUUCCAAUGGCGACGACUCCUUCGGCUCCGCCGGGGACCUCAGCCUGUCGGCGUCCCUGGUGCCCGCUGGCCUCGCGCAGCCGCCCCUCCCUGUCCCGCCGCCCUUCCCGCCGCCCAGCGGGAAGAACCCCGUGAUGAUCUUGAAUGAGCUGCGCCCGGGGCUGAAGUACGACUUCCUGUCGGAGAGCGGGGAGAGCCACGCCAAGAACUUCGUCAUGUCCGUGGUGGUGGACGGCCAGUUCUUCGAAGGCUCGGGGAGGAACAAGAAGCUGGCGAAGGCCCGGGCCGCGCAGUCCGCCCUGGCCGCCGUCUUCAACCUGCACUUGGAUCAGACUCCAUCUCGCCAGCCCAUCCCCAGCGAGGGCCUCCAGUUACACUCACCGCAGGUGUUAGCCGAUGCUGUGGCCCGCCUGGUGCUGGACAAGUUCGCUGACCUGACGGAUAACUUCUCCUCCCCUCACGCUCGCAGGAAGGUUCUCGCUGGGAUUGUCAUGACAACAGGCACAGACGUUAAAGAUGCCAAGGUGAUAAGUGUUUCCACGGGAACGAAAUGUAUUAACGGGGAGUACAUGAGUGACCGCGGCCUCGCUCUGAACGACUGCCACGCAGAGAUCAUAUCUCGGAGGUCCUUGCUCAGAUUCCUCUAUGCACAGCUGGAGCUGUACCUGAAUAGCAAAGAUGAUCAGAAAAAGUCCAUCUUCCAGAAGUCCCCGCGAGGGGGCUUCAAGCUGAAGGAGAGUGUGCAGUUCCACCUGUACAUCAGCACCUCGCCCUGCGGGGACGCCAGGAUCUUCUCCCCGCACGAGCCCGUCCUGGAAGAACCAGCAGACAGACACCCGAAUCGGAAAGCCAGAGGACAGCUGCGGACAAAAAUAGAAUCUGGUGAGGGGACCAUCCCGGUGCGCUCGAAUGCGAGCAUCCAGACGUGGGACGGGGUGCUGCAGGGGGAGAGGCUGCUCACCAUGUCCUGCAGCGACAAGAUGGCACGGAAUGUCCAGUGUCUCCUCAGCCACCCAUCCGGCCCCUUUGAAUCACCCAGUUUGUAUCCUUUCCACUUUGGACCUCAGGCCUUUUUCAUCUUGAUGUGCAGAAGUUCCUUUUAUAUAGUUUACAUUGUAACUCUUAUCGGUUUGAGACGAUUUGGUGUCUUCUCCAAGUCCAAGCCCAUGUCCUGCAUCAGCAAUGCGGAAGCGCGACAACCUGGGAAGGCGCCCAACUUCAGCGUCAACUGGACGGUGGGCGACGCGGCCAUCGAGGUCAUCAACGCCACAACCGGCAAGGACGAGCUAGGCCGAGCGUCGCGCCUGUGUAAGCACGCGUUGUACUGUCGCUGGAUGCGUGUGCACGGCAAGGUUCCUUCCAACCUGAUGCGCUCCAAGAUCGCCAAGCCCAGCAUGUACCACGAGUCCAAGCUGGUGGCCAGGGAGUACCAGGCCGCCAAGGCCUGUCUGUUCCGGGCGUUCCUGAAGGCGGGGCUGGGCGCCUGGGUGGAGAAGCCCACGGAGCAGGACCAGUUCUCUCUCACACCCUGACCACGCGUGGGACCUGGGGCCGGAGUCAGCGCUGGGCCCAGAGCCUCACAGCUGGACUGGGGCUGGUGUGAGAGUGUUGGGUUGCGGGGCUGCCCGCUGGCAUCUUGCAGCACCCCCCCCCCUUACAGCGACCAAGUACCGCUUUCAAUCUCAGUUUACGUUAGAAAUUGAGUUCUACUGAGCAGGGCUUCCUUAAGCUUAGGAAAAUAGACAUUACUUUGUUUGGAAUUCUUGAAUAAAUAAAUUAUUCAGAGCUAGGAAUGUGGUUUAUAAAAUAAGUAACUAUGUCCAGUCACUCUUAUGCCACAUUAUUUUAAUAGUAAUAAAAGCAUUUCUAGACAGAGGAGGUGAUAAGAUAGCAGUAGCAAGUAGUGACCUAAAGACACGUCCCUGUGUCCAUGCGCGCCUGCUCAGCGCCCCCACUAGGUCCCCCGGCCUGCCGCGGAGAAGCUUAUGUGCUCCUCGCAGGAUCGUGGCGUGGAAAACUUUCCUGGGUUUACUUCUAAGUAAUUAGACAUCACCGAGGCCAUUCACUGGGGAUUUUAAACAGCAUUUAACCUUUGGGGACUAGGAGUCCAUCGGGCCAUAAACAACUUAACUCUUGUGCGCCCACCGAGCUUGACUGCGGUGAGCGCCGCGCACGAGUCUCCGUGGGACGGAAAUAGAAUUAAGUGCGCAGAUACUCAUUUUGGAAAAUACCACUGAAGGCACAUUUUAAAUUAUUGUAUCCAGCGUUAUCAGGCGUGUUUGAAAGAUAAGUGCUCAGGCUGAAGGCUGACAACACAGCGGGCCUCCGCUACGUGGUCACGGCAGGGAACGGGGCGCUGCUGGCGUCUGGGGGACCCCGGGGCGGACAGGACUGCCCAGGGCGGGCUAAGCCAGGAGGGCUGGGUGCCCCCGCCCUGCACUUGGACCCGGGCCAGCUGCCUUCUCGCUUCCACUCAGGCUCGGAGCGGGACGCACGUAGGAAGUGCGCCCUGCCCCCGGCCGGUGGUGCCCAUUCGUGGUUCUGUAGGGCCCGUGGGUGUCACAGACAGAGACGGGGCAGACCCCACUCCAGAGCAAAGUCUAGGGUGUUGGCACCUGCGUACCCAGUGUCCUGUGCCCUUUACGGUCUCAGGAAAUGCGGGACAGAACAGAGCGACCACUGUCAUUUGGGCCAGACCCCGUGCGCUCCUGGCGGCAGAUUGAGACACAGCCUCUGAUGGUCAUGUGCAGGGAGCGCGUCUGGGGUGGUGGGGACCGACCUGGUUGGGGGACAGGCGUAGCCCACACCCGCCUUCCCCCUCCUGGCAGGGUGCCCCAGGCCUCCCCUCCGCGGGUGUGGUCUGGCGAACAGCGGGGGGUUUUGUUUCCUUUUGUUUCCGCGGAACAGGAAAGGUGCUGGCGGUGCCGCCCUCCCCAGAGCAGCCGGCACACCCAGAAGAAUGUACUGGGAGGCCCAGCAUUUGUAUUCUCUCCAUAAAUGGUAUUUUUUCUAGUGGGGAUUGGGAGAUGGACUUAGUUUUUGAAAAAAAUAUGUGGGUUUUGAUGACAAAACCCAGUGGAAAUACAUUCCGUAGACACGCACCCCGGCGCGGUACUGGCUGAAGCCCCGUGAGUGAGUCUCCCUCCCCACCUCCCUGGGAGGGGUCCCUGUGCACCCCUUUCCAGGCGGCUGGGUCUGUGCAUCAGGCCAGGACAGGCCCCGUGCAGGGCUCAGCCCCCAGGCGCUGCCCUGGGACCGGGAGGAGGGCAGGAGGCGGGGGAGGGGGGCAGCCCCGGGGGCGGGGCCCCGUGUGCCAGUCGGGCCUCCCGCCCUGCUCCUGGGGCAAGCCGGACAGCUGCCCUGCGCGCUGGAGGGAAGGGCGGCGUGAUGAACUCCCUGAGCCAGUCAGGAAAGUAAACCAUCGCUUCUCACGUUCACUGCGCAGGGGACGCAGCUGGCCUUGGGGCGCCGAUCUGCACCCUGAUCUGCACUCAGCGUCCUCAGUCUGGACUUGAGAGACUUAAUGGAAAAGUUGACACAACCAAGGACUUGGGUUUUUUAGAAAAAUUUUACAUUUUGAGUACUUCUGACCAGGGCGGGUGGGGAGGGUUUGUGUUCUGUUGGCUAAACCUAAGCAUUAGCUCCAGAGACGCUGGUUGGCCUCCAGCCCUGCUGCACUGGGGACGGGAAGGUCGAGUGGAAAUGCGGACUCUGGGCGGCAGGGUGUGUGACGUUCUGUGACGUGAGCCAGUGUCUGCAGGGCACCCUAACCACCUCCUCUGCCCUAAUCGCCUGCUCAGGGUCAACUGUCGCCGCCUCUCAGGCCAGGGACGCCAAAGAACUGUAGCUUCGAUUCUGGGUCCUGGUUUACGUUACCAUCUUUUCCUGUUUUGGAGGGUUUUUGUUACUAUAAUCAAAAACAUUUUAAAAUGGGCCAGUCAACAUGUCACAUGCAUUGAUUUCUCUGGGAUUUAUUUUUAUUCAAAUAAUGUCAUCGAUCUCCAGACUGUAGAGCCACUUUGUAAGGACUGCUGCGUGUACAGUGACCCCUGGGGAGGCCACGCCCAUCUUGGCGCAGGCCUGACAGUGGGCAAGUAGGGGUGGUGGGGAGGCUAUGCCCCCCUUUUCUCAAAACAACAAAAUAUAGCACAAGGCUCUCUUCAUUUCUAAUAUAUUUACACCAAAACAUAAGGUCUGCCCCAAUCAUAAAUUUAAUCCAGCAAGAGAAAAAAUGAGCUGUCCUUCCCAGGUCUAAAUUUUGUGAAGUCAGAAUCUCCAAAAAGAUUUAUCGCCCCAACUGUCUAAAUGGGAGGGCAGAGCAUUGUAAGCUUGUGUGUCCUUGUCCCUGGCAGGGCCUCUGGCCGUGUCUCCCUGGCCUGAGGCUGGCCGCAGCACGCAGGGUUCUGUGUCCAGGUGCUGUGGCCGGGCGACGGGACAGCCCGGAGGGGACAGGGCCUGACUUGGUGGUGACUCCGCAUCCUGUUCCUGACACUGCCGGCUGGACCUCCCCAUCUGCUGUUUGGAGGGGUGAGCCACCAGCUCCAAGAACACCUGUUUGGACCCCAGCGUGGGCUGGUGGUGCGUGAACAACGGAGGGCUGUCCUCCUGGACAUGACCAUGACAUGGUUAAAGGCACAGUCUGGAAUGUUCCUGGAGUGACCCUGAAAGCUGCUGGCUGCUCCAGGCUUGAGAUUGUUUGCUUUCAAUUUGACUCUAGAAUUUGGACACUAUAUGAAUGUAAUUCAUCCACGAAACCCAUCGCUAAGAUGUACUCACUCCUCAGUGUUCUCGUCUGUGUAUUGAUGUACAUACCACACGUCACCACCCGCAUGAGCUCCUGUGCGCCAGACCAGCGGGACCCAGCAUGAGACGCCGUCACAUAGACAAAGGAUUUGCAAUGUUCUCAAUAAAAACCAAACGUUUCACUACACA